GAGUCUGCUACUUGGGAUUCUUUAAGAUUAUUUUUUAUAUCGUGAUAUGUAUAAAAUAAUAAGAAACGUCAUCUAACGUGGGACAUUUAAAUCGAUUUAAAUGAUUAUCUGUCAUUGAAAUAUUCGAAUUUAAUGUCAAUUGUCCUCCAAUCUGUUUAACUCAGCCUGCGCAUGCGUCGCAAAAUUUGCUUUCUGCUGUUCAGUUUGUUUUGUCAGUUUGUUCUCCAGUUCGGCAAAAUUAAUCGACUCUCAUAGGAUCGCUCUUCAUGACCGCAAAAAGAGCGAAUAUGACGUUUGAUUUAUAUACAGAUUAAAGCAUAACGUUUGCUUCUUAGCGAGGCUUAAAUAUUCCGUAGAAAUUAGGUUAAGUUAGAUUUAGCGAGGUUAGGAUUGUCGUACUGUACUGUCAACGUCAAGGAUUUCACCGGCGAGACAACAUUUCACGAGUCCUCACACGGAAACAUGUACUCUACGAAGACGCCGACCCUUCGAAUCGACGAGGCCGACUUGAAGUGCAAAAACGGCUGCGGUUUCUACGGCAAUGCGGAAUGGGAAGGUUACUGCAGCAAAUGUCAUCGAGAACACCUUCAGAAACGACGUGCCCAAGCUGAGCGUGUGUCUCACGCGCAAACUUCGGACACAGAUAAUACCAAUCGUCUGGUAGUUGCUGGUGGCCACAAAUAUGAGGAAAAGAAAGUACAGCAUGAGAAGAAGUACAAAUUGUUGAAUCUUUCUUUCAGAAAACCUGUUGCAAAAGUUCAAGGAUAUCAGGAGUUGUAUCAUGAAUUAUUGAAAGAUAAUCCAGAUCUUGAGAAAGUUAAGGCUGAGAAUCGAGGUCUGUUGCUAUACAUAGCUAAAACUCCAGUGGAGAAGGAUGUGAGGAAGUGUAUACAUUCGUUUGUAGUGGACAUACUCCAGAAUAAGGAUGUGAAGAGGAUAGAAGAACUAUCGGAAAUAACGCAAAACUUUUAUCACGUGUUUGGAAAACGCCUGGAGAAUAGCACCAAAUAUGCAGACAUACCACCAGACAUCAAGGAAAAAUUGUUGGAUUAUGUUGAAAGAUAUGCAAUGACUCUGUUGUAUAGAAUUCUCUUUUGCCCUCCGUUCACAACCGAUGAAGAAAAGGACUUGGCUAUACAGAAAAGAAUACGCCAAUUGAACUGGGUCAGUGGCAAAAACUUGGAAUGCAGAAUCCACGAGACCAGCUCAGAAGUUAGGGAACUUGUUUACACGUCUAUUACAGAUCUUCUAAACAUGGAUUCCGCUAAGGCACCUCAAGAGAAAUUAGCAUGUGUUAUUCACUGCUGUAGAAAUAUAUUCCUGUUGUUGCAACAAUCCGUCGAUGGGCCGGCAUCUGCCGAUGAAUUCCUACCGGCACUUAUAUUUAUCGUUUUAAAAGCUAAUCCUGCCCGUCUCAAGAGCAAUAUCAAUUUUAUCACGAGGUUUUGCAACGCCAGCAGAUUGAUGACUGGGGAGGGAGGAUAUUAUUUCACGAAUCUGUGUUGCGCGGUAUCGUUCAUCGAAAAUCUAACCGCAGAGUCCUUGAACAUGGCCGAGAAAGACUUCAACGCAUAUAUGUCGGGUGAAUGCGUGCCAGCUAAUACAUGGCAGUCAGCUCUUAUGAUAUGUGAGAGUCUUCACUUCAUGUGCGAGGAUAUAACUCUGCUGGACGAUUUGCAAGCGAAAAAUAACGACAUCGUAAAGCAAGCGGAAGAAUUAAAAGACAAAAUGGUAGAUUUCAACGAAAAAAUCAAGCAGGAUGUAAACAAGGUGAUUGAAAGGACGCCAUUAUUGAUAACUCACAGUCAAAGAGUACCUACUAAUCUAGAUAGCGAGGACGUCGAGAGUUAUCAGCUACCACCGCCAAUUAUUCCACAGAUAUACCCGCAGUCCAUUGGCGAGAACGUGGACGGCGGCGUAAUGGCAGACCUGUCGAGCGAUUUAAUGAGAACAUCGUUGGUGGAAGAUUCCGUGACGCCGUCGCCGACGUUCGAUUUCACAUCCUUCAUUUGCGACAAUCUGGAAUUUAGCAGAGGAGGUGAGGAUGACACUAGUCUUAUCAGUUUAGAUACUCAGUCGGACCUCGCAACCGGUGAGACCAGCCAGAGCUUCAAGAAACACACCACGGACAGUUUAAUGGAUGAGUGUCCGACGCCCGAAGCGAAUCUGCCGCCCGCUCUAAAGCCGAUCACCUCCGAAGAUUAUCACGGCUUCACUAUCCAGGGAUCACACAUUCCGACGAUUCCGUGUAAUACGGGCGAUUCGUCGAAAACUUCGACGGACUUAGAUACGGAUAGCUAUUCCAAUUAUUUCCAGAAUAUGUAGUGUUUCAAUUAGGAAAACGCAACUCGGAUAUCGCUCGUGUUGGAAGCAUUUUGUGAAUGAUUUCAAUCGUGGAAGCGGCUCGAUUAGAACGAAGAAAUGUUUGGUUGCGCAUCAGUCUUCUGCCAUAUUUUUAUUCAUUUGUCCGUAUGUAAGAAGUUUCUUGUAGAUAUGCGAAGCGAAAUAACGAACAUGAUGUCUUAGUAUAGGCGCUUCUUCUGCCGAUGGAAUAAAGGAACGCGAAUUGACGCUCUGCAGAGUCGAGUUUCUUUUCACUUGAUAGCUGAAUUCAAUAUCUUCGUGAUGGAAAAAAAAGAUAAUAAAAACAAUCGUUAACGAAA